CUCUACUCAAUACUUUAUCAUUGCGCAUUGCGAUACCAAUGCCUGCAACCUAUCAGGAGCCCGUUGCCUUCUGGUGCGGCGUCGCGGCCGUCUUACUGUAUUGCGACUUGCUCCUUUCCACCUAGCCUUUUUUCUUCCCUAGAACCAUGCUGCGCACGUUCAUUCGGUAUUCGAAUGAUGUGCCCACCGACCUUCCGAAAACGCUCAAGUGCGACAAUAACGCAAGCCAGGGGACGUUAUUGCCGGUCCAAGACUCAAAAUAUGGAGUAGUCUGUACCCGUAGCAUUGUGCUUGGAUGAUUAGCAAGGCGCUCGCUCGCACGCUGAUCAGCGGGCUCCAUGCCAUACUACCGUUUAGUAUGACACCAGUCAUCUCGCCAAUCUCCUGGCUGGUCUCGCUCUGUAACUGCACACAAUGCG